UUAGAAUUUGGAUUGCUUAAGUAUAAAUAGCUAACCAAUAGUCAAAAUGUUAAACAUAAAUCAAAGUCUACUGUUAAAAUCCAGACACAUUUUGUCUUCAUCUUUAUCAAUAAACAGAUUUUUAAACAAUAAUGUACCUAGUAUUACAAAGGUACACAGAGAAGUUUAUGCUAGGUUGUACCCUACAACCGUAGUUCUACCUGAUGGUGCAUCAAUUAACAUAAGGUAUCAUGAACCAAGGAAAAUUAUCAAGCUACCAUUGGAUAUAUCCUUAUUAUCAGAGGAGGAAAGAAGAAUAAGAUUAGAAAGGAGAAAACCAAAGAGGAAGGUCAAAAUCACUGAAACAAUUGAAGACAACUUUAAUGCUAAGAAAUAUUUGAAAUAUAUCAAGAAAUGA